AUGGGCUCCACGGCAACCGGCGUCAAUGCGUCCUUCACGGCGGCCCCAGAGCGGGCCACCUUUGACGGCUUCCUGUUCGACAUGGAUGGUACCAUCAUCGAUUCGACGCCGGCAAUCGAGAAGCAUUGGCACAGCAUCGGCCAGGACAUUGGUGUUUCUGCCAACGUCAUCCUCCAAACCUCGCAUGGUCGCCGCAGCAUCGACCUGACGCUUGCCGGGGAGGAGGAGGAAAAGGAGGAAACUCCCUCUCUCCCCCUCCCUUGCCAUGACCCAGACGUGCGUGAAGCGGAGGGCCGUCUGCCCAAGCUAUACGCCCAUGAGGCCAUUGAAGUCCCUGGCGCGAGAACCCUCCUCGAAGAGCUGAACAGGGACAGCGCCCCUUGGACCAUCGUCACCUCGGGCACCGAGCCCCUCGUCACAGGCUGGCUCGGCGUCAUGGCCCUGCCGCACCCCGACCAGAUGGUCACCGCAGAGUCCGUCGAGAACGGAAAGCCGGACCCCGCCUGCUAUCUCCUGGGCAGGCAGAGACUGGGGCUCGAGGGCGAUGCCAAGCGCGUUCUUGUGCUCGAGGACGCGCCCGCUGGCAUCAGGGCAGGCAAGGCCGCUGGCUGCAAGGUCAUCGGUCUCGUAACGAGCCACACUGUCGAUCAGGUCGCCGCCGCCGAGCCAGACUGGAUCGUUAGAGACCUGUCCUCGGUCAAGGUGGUUGAGAGCAAAGACGGCGUCGUCACUCUGGAGAUAUCCAACGGACUUGUGCAGUAA